CAUUAAUCUGUGAGGCCAAACACAGUCCAACAUCCAUUCAAUCCCAGCACUCUUUAUACAUGCGUGACAGCUCACACACACACACACACUCACACACAUAUGCACUUCUCCGAUCAUAGUGUGUGAAGCUGCAAGGACACAGACUGAGACUUGGAAAAUGAACCUCUUCUGCUUCACUCUGGAUGGCUCUACAGACAGCCUGUACGAGCCGGCCCAGAUCGGCCAGAACAGUCAAGACUUAUUACCCAGAAGGCUCCCCAGCCCCAACUCUGUGAAAAUCAUGGGCAUGUGGAGUGGAUCUGAGCCAUGCAUCACCAUGAAGCUUCCAGAGACUCACACAAGUAAGACUCAAGAAAGUAAAACUUUGGAAAAGGCAAAGAGAAAGUCCCAAAUACUACCGACAUCAGAAGAUGAGACUACAGAUCAUACAGAGUCUGAUGCCCACUGGCUGUCCACCAGGAAAAAAGACGGCUUGGUACACAGCAAGAACUAUUUGAACACAGAGAUGGUCAAAGAUCACCGGUCAAAACUCACUAGAGAAGAGGAAGAGGAGCGGGUGACUUCAGAAAAGACCUCCGUCCAGGGUGUGAAUUUUGAAGCCUGGAAUCCCAAUAGAGAGAACUCUCAAUGUAGACAGCAAGAUUUGUCCAGGAGGUCAGAAGGCGAGGAUGAGGCACAAGGUACACUGAAGAAGAUCCAGAAACUGGUGGGAGUGAAAAAGGGUGGUCAAAGCACCACGGAGGAGGCGAGGAACAACACAGAGCCUGGAGAAUCCAGUGGCAAAGACCACAGUCCUGUCAUAACCUGCAUCAGUCUGGCCAAAAAAGCUGAGAAGAAGCACACAAGGGCAUCCACACGGCAAUCCCAGCAGCCACUGCAGGAUAAAGACGAUAACACAGAAACGGAGGGUUCGUGGAGCCCGGGGCUCUUUCAGGAGUACUGGAGCACCAUGGCAUAUUCUCCAACGUGGGACAUGUCCACACACACCUGUCACAAGUCAACGGCCGAACAGGUCAUGUACAACUUCAACUUCACCCUCCCCAGAGACACGGACUGGGGGAAAUACGAGGAGCUCUUCCACCGACUGGACCCCUACAAACGAGAGCAGCAAGAGAGGUGGAUCACCCACUCAGUCAUGGACCUGGACGUGCCGGACCCUCUGGAGCUGAGCGGCUUUCUGGCAGGUGAAAUUAAGAGAAAAACAUUUGACGCAGUUGGCAGAAUGCUUCAAAGAAAACCAUCCAAUGCCUCUGACAAACCAAGGAACAAACCCAAGCGAUCCACCAGUUUUGGGAUUUUUGACAGACAGCAGCCCACCCAUGUCAAGGCAGAAGAGAAGGUAGAAAGUAUGCCCGUGGAAGCAGCUGAGGUGGAUCCCUGUAAAUCAGGAGGUCUCGGGAAGAAGAUGAAGAACAUCUCACUGACCAUGCGUAAAAAGAUGGGCCGGAAAUACACUAAAGCCCUGUCAGAGGAAAUGGGCGAGGAGAACGACGCCGCGGCGGCUGAAGUCGUGGACGGCGCGCUGGCCAAAGGCUGCAACCACUCCAGUAACUCCGUAGAGAGUUUGUUCAGCUUGCACAGCGGCCAGAGUACAUCUAGUGGUGUGACCAGCGGCUCCGAGGGUUGUAGUAACAGGGACAGCCUGCGUUUAGAAGAAUAUGUGCCCUAUACGGGCCAGUUCUGCGGGAGAGCCAAGGUCCACACCGACUUCCUUCCCAGUCCAUAUGACACAGAGUCUCUCAAACUCAAGGUGGGAGAUGUGAUUGAUAUCAUCAGCAAACCCGCAAUGGGAAUCUGGACUGGGAUGUUGAAUGGUAAAGUGGGAAGCUUCAAGUUCAUCUACGUCAACAUUCUGGUGGAGGAAAGUGUGCCGGAACCGAGGAUUCGCUCUCACCGGAGAAGCAAAAGACCUCGACCCAAAACUCUUCAGGAACUUCUGGAAAGACUCCAUCUGGAGGAGCACAUUUCAUCUCUGCUGUUGAACGGGUAUCAGACAGUGGAAGAUCUGCGGGAUUUGAAGGAGCAGCACCUCGUGGAGCUCAAUGUGACCGACCCUGAACACAGACACCGGCUGCUGCUGGCGGCAGAAAGCUUGCAGGACCCUGAAUAUAAUAAUCAGAGCAAUGGAGAGACAGACGAGGAGCCCAAAUCUCCCUCUGAUCAGGUCAAAGCCGAACUGAGCGACUGUCCCAGAGACUCGGGCUGUUACAUCGGAUCUGACUGCUCAGACAACAGUAAAGAGGACGCAGAGAGCCAGCCGGCCCCUCUCAGCCCACCUGCAACCCAAGCAUAACCACAGCCCUGCAGAAUGCUGUUUAUCUCGUCCUCGCCUGCCUCUGGUUGGUGCAAAGACUGUUACCCACUGGCCACAACCUAUUUUGGUCAGAGUCUUGACUGUGUAAAGAAGCCUUUGUGUUUCAGAGCUGUUGCAUUAAGGUGUUUCGGUCCAGGGAUUGUUCUCUGAUGACACUGGAUUACACCAAAUCAAGGACACUGAGAGAAGUUGUUAUAGAUAUUAACGAUGACAUGUAAAUAUACUGUUAAUAUGGUGAGAUUGGUUACGCUUUGCUCUUGUAAACGGUUUAAACUUUGCCUUGCAGAUGUUAGACAAAACAACAAACUACGGAAAUUACAAAUGCAUUAUUUUACGCAAUAAAAAUAUAUCUUUAUAUCAUA